AUGGGCGGCUCUUCUCCCCUUCCCCUCAGCUUGCAGAGCAAGUUCCAGCGAGCUCGAGCUGGCCAUUUGGCUCGCUUGAGGGACUACCAGGCUAACUUCAACAUACUUCGUGAUAUAAUCUUCAUCUUCUUCGUCCUCCGCAUCCUCCGCAGAUCGUUUUACUUCCUUCGCGGCCACGGCCUACUUGGUUCCCUCGCUCUCCUCUACCACACCACACACAAAACCCUGUACAGGAUCUUCCUCAACCUCCCGGGUGUACGGUCGAAGGUCUCCAAGCAACUUGCGGCAGCGCGAAAAGAUUUAGAAGAUAAACUUGCCCCGACCGGUCCCGGCGUGAACCGGUACUUACAUCUCCCCAAGGAGCCAUGGACAAAAGAUCAAUUACACUCCGAGCUGGAGACCUUGGCGUCAAUGAAACGCACGCGUUGGGAGGAAGGUAAGGUCUCGGGCGCAGUCUACCACGGGGAACAAGAGCUGUUGGACAUUCAGUUCCAGGCGAUGCGUUACUUCAGCGUGGCCAACCCCAUCCACGCGGAUGUAUUCCCCGCCGUCCGCAAGAUGGAAGCUGAAAUCGUGGCCAUGGUCCUCGCCAUGUUCAAUGCGCCCGAUACAGGUGCUGGAGUGACCACCUCGGGAGGGACCGAGUCGAUACUGAUGGCCUGCCUAUCGGCCCGACAGAAAGGGUACGCAGAAAGGGGAAUCACAGAGCCGGAGAUGAUCGUUCCGCAUACCGCACAUGCUGCCUUCUACAAAGCGGCAUCAUAUUUCAAGAUUAAGCUACAUGCGGUCCGUUGCCCGGCACCCGAAUAUAUGGUCGAUGUAUCCCGCGUUCGCCGUCUGAUCAACCCCAAUACGAUCCUCCUUGUGGGCAGUGCCCCGAACUACCCGCACGGCAUUGUGGAUAACAUCCCGGCCCUCUCAAAACUGGCCGUGACGUAUAAAAUCCCCUUGCAUGUGGACUGCUGCCUGGGAUCUUUUCUCAUGCCUCACCUCUCCAAAGCCGGAUUUCCCUCCCCUUUUGUCGACGAAGGAGGAUUCGAUUUCCGUCUCUCCGGCGUAACAUCCAUCUCCGUGGAUACACACAAGUACGGUUUCGCGCCCAAGGGAAACUCGUGCGUUCUGUACAGGGACAGACAGCUACGGGAGUAUCAGUACUUCAUAUGUCCCGACUGGUCCGGCGGUGUCUAUGGGAGUCCCUCCAUAGCCGGCUCAAGACCUGGAGCGCUGAUAGCGGGAUGCUGGGCCAGCAUGAUGGCCGUGGGCGAAAAGGGCUAUGUUGACGCCACGAACAAAAUCGUCACCACGAAACAGACGAUCGAAAACGCCGUCAAGGAGCACCCGAUCCUGAAAUCGACGCUGGGGAUACUGGGCAACCCGAUGGUCAGCGUCGUGGCGUUUGAGUCGCUCGACCCACAAAUAUCCAUCUAUGACAUCGCCGACGCCAUGUCCAAGAGGCAGUGGCAUCUCAACUCCCUCCAAGAUCCCCCUGGCGUGCACGUCGCCGUUACUUUACCCAUGACCAGGCCCGGGGCCGUGGACGAAUUAAUUGACGAUCUUGUCGCGGUGGUCAAGGAGGAGAAAGAGAAGAUCGUGAGCCAACAAGUCACGAGCAGCGGCGUCGUAGGAGGUCCAGUGGUGAAGAAGGACAAGGGAACAGGCACCAGUGCGCAAUUAUAUGGUGUGGCGGGCAGUUUGCCUGACAAGAGCAUCGUGGAGAAAUUAGUCGUGGCGUAUUUGGAUACGUUGUACAAGGCUUGA